AUGAGGGGACCUCCACGCAGCCUCAAACCUCAAUUCCGGGAGAACUCACCUAGGCGAGCCUGGCUCAGCCCGCAGAGUCUGGCCCAGCAGCGGCUCGGCGCCUGGCCGAGGGACGCCCAGACCCACCAGGAAGACCAGGGACGCGGCGCUAGAGCCCUGCUGCAGCCAAGACCCCGGCGCACGGCGGGCAAAGCCGGGGCUGUUGCGCCAGGCCUGGCCGCAGCGGAUUCUGGCUCCUCUCGGCCCCGCCUCCGACCCUGGCCUCUUCCUCUGGCCCUGGUCGGGUCUUCCACGCCACUGUCUGGCUCAGAAAGGACUGAGACGCGCUUGGUGCGCCGCAGGCCGGCUGCUGCCAUAAAUCUCCGCGCCGGCCCUGCUUCCUGCUGUUUAUGCGCGGGUAUUCGGGGCCGGCCUCGCAUCCCGCGCCAAGCCAAGCGCCUUGCUCUCCUGGUCACGGCCUGGAGGCCCCGACUCAACGUAGGGAAUCAAGCCAGAAUUUCCCCAUUCGCCAGAGAGGGAACGGCCUCCCUCCCACUCAGUGCCACCACCAUCCAUCACCACGAGUUUCGGACCCCAAGGUGGCCCGAGGUUCACCGAUCAUCUUUGGGGUGGGGACCCCCCCCCCGGCCCGACACUUCCUCCUAUGAAGAGGGGCAAGGAACAGGCCUUUCCACGGGUGCCCGACAUCAACCGAGCAAUCCGGUCGCGCGACGGAGACCGACCACCACCGAAGAGGCUUUGGGGGCUUUUGGUGGGGACAAUCGUGGAGAGAAAAGCGUUCAUCCCCGCCUUGGUGCCCCCCCAAAGUCUCACGGUGCCAGUGACAUGACCCCAGAAAAGCGAUGGCAAAGGGGGGGGGCGGUUGGAAACCUGGCUCUGAGCUUGCCCUCACCCAAGGAGCUCCGGCUUCUUCCUAGAAUUUCUAGAAGCACUUUCGGAGGGACUGAGGGCUUCCGGCCCGACGCAGAGGAAUUUGAGCCUCGCCCCGGCGGCAGCCUGGGAGCGGAGAGGCUGCAGAGCCACAUUCCGCCCGAGCCGCCCCUGCUAGGCCCCAGGAAGCGCCGCGGAAAACAAAGCGCUGCGGUUUCAGCCCAAGGUUAAAGUCCACCGCGAGCGUUUCCCCCCCCCCCCCGGAAUCUGAGAGCGAUAGCGUUUCUCCAAAUAAACCGCCAAUAAAUCAGCUCCUGGGGCCGCCUGCUGAAGAGCUCGGGUGACCUUGGGGAAUGUUUCCUGCCAGACCCGUCCGAGGACAGGCUUGGGGGAGGGGGCCAGAGUCAGCCCUACCCCCACCCCAGAGACACAAGAGGGGGUGGCCAAGGGCGUUUAUUGUGGUAUGUGUGCCUACAGGGGAUGGGGACGAUUUGUGGUGGGGGUAGGGCACUGUGACUAUUUGGGGGCUGUGGGCAGGUUGUGGCGGUUUGGAAAUGGAGGAUCGGCUACUCUGGGAAGAAUGUGUCCGGCGCCUGAGCUUCGCUGCACUGUACUAGGCCCUGGGGAACCAGCCCCCACCGACAAGCCGGGCCUCUGUCUUAGGGGGCCUUGGUCUUUGUCUGGGUGUGACUGGGUGUGUUCCGCAGCGAGUUUGUGUGGGGUGUGACUAAUGGGAUUUAUGUAUGUCAGUGCCAGGGUGACUAAUGGAGGGCUUGGCAGCACGUGUGUUUGGGGAGGGACACUGCACCUAGGUGGGGAGUCCGUGUCCCAGGAGGGGGCUGCCUAGUCUCUCAGAAGUUCCACUCCCCUCCCCCACCCCUGGUCCCUGCUUUGUUUGGGCUUCUGCACCUCCCCAGCAGGCCCGUGCAUGCUAAGGGUUCUGGAGCAAAUUCCACUGCCAACCCGGCCCCCAGAGGCCCUCCUCGCCUCCCACCUCCCUAACCCACGUGGUGCCUCCGGAUCGGGCUGCCAGCCCCCCUCCUCCUGUUUUCCUGUCUCUGAAAGUUCCCUGGGAUGUCCUGGGCAUCUCUCCCCUGGACCUGUGAUUUGGUUACUGUCCUAUCCAUUUCUGCUUGAGGGGCAGAAAGGAAAAGGGACAAUCACACAGCUGGAAAGUGGCAGCAAGCAUCAUCUACCAAGCCAGGCAGAGUGUCUGAAACGGGAAACCCCAGCAUCUCCUCACUUUUGUGUGUGUGUGUGUGUGCUGGGCAUGGAACCCCUAGCUCGUGUGUGUUAAAGCUAAGCUCUCUACCCGUCAGCUACACUCCCAGCCCCUCAGCACACCCAACAAGCUGACCACCUGCCUUGCCACCCCCACCUAUAGCCUUUCAGUCCUCUCUCUUGGCUACUGUGGAAUUUCUCCUACCCCUGGGGGGGGGGGGGAGGCAACGGAGGUCUGAGAUUGGUGAGAGUCCCUGGUUUGGCCUGGGGCAAGUAGAGAUUGGGUGAGGUCUGGCUAACCCAAGGCAGCAUUCCUCUGGAGUUCAGGAGGACCAUGGGCCAGCCUGUUAGGCAAGUGCUCUACCACUGAACUAUAGCCCCCGCCUUUUUAAGUUUUAUCUUGAGACAGGGUCCUACCUAAGUUGCCCAGACCGACCUCAAACUUGGGAUCCUCCUGCUUUAGCCUCCUAAGUAAUUGGGAUUACGGGGGUUCCCUUGGGGCCUUCUGAUUUUGCACAAGGUGUCCCUCAGCGGCUCUCUCUGCUGCUGGUACACAUUCCGGGUCCGAGUGUGUCUUAGAAGUGGGGAAACCUAAGGCCACCCAUUCAGAGUGGCAGCAAUUAGGCCUGCCAUGGCUCUGCCCAGCUCCCUCCUGCAGGCUGGUGCCCCCUGGCCAGUGGGAACAUGUCAGAGGGGGAAUGGCAGGGUCUGACCCUUCCCAGGUUGCUGGGCCAAUGGGCUCCCAGAUAUAUUCUCUCUCUCUCUCUCUCUCUCUCUCUCUCUCUCACACACACACACACACACACACACACACACACACACACACACGUGUGCUUGUUCAAGCAUUCACAUAUAUUCACUCUCUUCACCUCCCUCCCUAUUUUUUUUUCCUUUUAUCCUUCUUUGGCAUUUUCUUUCAAGCAGAAAAUAAAAACAUUUCCCAUGGCUACGGCUUUGAAAGCUCCCCUUCCUGCCUGCCUCCAUUCUGUGCCCACCCCCACCCACAUCAAUGCAUUUCUACAAUCGGCAGAAAGUCAAAAACAAACCCCAAAGAUCAGACCUUGACAGCCCCUUCCCAGGGUCCUUGUACUGUCUCUUCGCCUCUUGAUCUCUUGUCCCCAGAGAUGAGCAAGAGGCAAGAACCCACCCCCUCCAACAUACACACACGCACUCAUUUGCACACCCAAUUUCUGUGAACACAGGAAAUCUCUGAAGAACCUUCAAGAGCCACUCCUGCUAAAAAGACCUGCUCACUUGAUUCCUUCUGCUGCCCCCAGGGCAUCCCUGCCCAGACCUGCCCACUUGGCUUAGCUCCUUCCUCUGGGAGGCGGUCUCUUAUGGGUUGAGUGAUCUCCCCACAAAAUUCAUGUUCAUAUGCCUCAAUAACGUCCAAUACCUCAAAAUGUGACCUUAUUUGGAAAUGGGGUCAUUGCAGAUGUAAUUCAUUAAGAUGAUGUCAUACUGGAGUGGGGUAGGCCCCAAUCCAAAAUGACUGGUGUCUUUUUAUAAAAAAAAAAAAGGGGGGGGCGGGAUUUUGGAGACAGGCAGAUAUAGAGGGAAGACAAUGUGGAAAAACAUGGACAAGAGACCACCAUCUACACUCCAAAGAGGCUAAGACAGAUCCUCCCCUCUCAGCCUUCAGGAGGAACCAGCCCUCUGAGACCCAUCACCUUGAUCUUGAACUUCAAGUCUCUAGAACUUGAAACAAUAAGUUUCUAUUGUUUACACCACUCAAUCUAUGGUAUUUAUUAUGGCAGCCUGAACAGAUUACUACACCUUUCCAGAUUCAAGUACCUGCAAGAGUCAGA